CGCACAGAACGAGAAUGCCCUUUCUUCAUCUUCCUCUUCUUCUUCUUCUUCUUCUUCCCAUAUCGCAGCUGCAGCAACUUCUCUCUCUAGAGUUUCGCCGGCUUCGGUUCUCGGGAUUCCGAGUCUCAUGAGGCCCGUUCUAGCCGCGGCCAUCUGCUUCCUCCUGCUCCGGUCGUGCGCCCACGCGAUCCGAUCGUUCCCCAGCGAGCUGAGCCAUGACGUGCGCGUGAAGUUCUUGGAGGCGCCGGAGUAUCGGAACGGACCGGGGUGUCCGAAGUUGGACGGGGAUGGCGGCGGCGGCGGCGGCGCAGGCUCGCUCGUCCGGGUGGCGAUGACGCUGGAUUUCGAGUACCUGAGGGGCACGGUGGCGGCGGUGCACUCCGUCCUGAGGCACGCUUCCUGCCCCGAGAACGUCUUCUUCCACUUCGUCGCUUCGGCUUCCGCGGAUCGGGAGAGCCUGGCGGGAAUCCUCCGGACCGCGUUUCCUUCCCUCGGGUUCAGGAUAUACGGCUUCGACGACGGCUCGGUCGGUCGCUUGAUAUCCUCCUCGGUCCGCCAUGCCCUGGAGAACCCGCUGAACUACGCGAGGUCCUACUUGGCGGACCUGCUCGAGCCGUUCGUCGAGCGCGUGAUAUACUUGGACUCGGAUGUUAUCCUGGUCGACGACAUCCUGAAACUCUGGACCGUCCCGCUAACCGGGUCGAGAGUGAUCGGAGCGCCCGAGUAUUGCCACGCCAAUUUCGCCAAGUACUUCUCGGAGGAGUUCUGGUCGGACGCCGAGCUUCCCAAGGUCUUUGCAGGGAAAAGGCCGUGCUAUUUCAACACGGGGGUGAUGGUGAUGGAUUUGGUAAGGUGGAGAGAGGGCGAUUACAGGAGGCGGAUCGAGGGAUGGAUGGAGAUUCAGAGGGAGAGGCGGAUCUACGAGCUGGGCUCGCUGCCGCCGUUCUUGCUCGUGUUCGGUGGCGACAUUGAGCCGAUUGAUAGGAGGUGGAAUCAACACGGAUUGGGCGGAGACAAUGUGGUGAACAGCUGCAGGGCACUCCAUCCUGGCCCUGUGAGCCUACUGCACUGGAGCGGUAAAGGGAAGCCCUGGACGAGGCUUGAUUUGAAGAUGCCCUGUCCUGUGGACUCCCUAUGGAUGCCUUAUGAUUUGCACAGUUCGAAGGAUAGUCCUCUUGCGGCACGGCGAUUGUAAUGAACAUAGACUCUUGCAUUUGCUAUGUUCAGCUCGAGAAUCAAUUGCUGAGAUUCUUUCAUUUUUAUGUAUAUACAGAGAUGUUGUAAAACUCCAUUCGACUAGGAAAUAUACACAGAAGAGGUUGUCUCCCAUUAUAGACGGGGAUAACAUUUUUGGUAUCA